AACUGUACAUGGAGCAAGUCAGACAAAGCAUGAUGCAUUACAGUACGACGUCAACCUGCACUGGACUUACAGUGACAGACCCACUGAAACGAACAAAAUUGAUUUUCAGCCAAUGGCAAUUGCUUAUUUUUUCUCUGCCUGUUUCUAUGGCUGCGCACAAGUUUGUUGACUUUUAUGCUUAAUGAGUUCUUCCUGCUUGUCAUCUUCUCCUCUCAUAUUCUCACCAUAAAUCUCAUCAAAUGCAUUAUAUCUCCAAAACUUCGAGAGCUCUCUGCCACGGAAGAAUAAAAAUGGCGUCCUUUAAGUUUUUUGUAUUUUUUCAGUUUGUUUAUCUUCUAUGUUCUCUGGUGAGUUCGAUCAACGCAUUUGAACCAUUUUACUAUUAUCACAUCUGCCCGAACACUUCUACUUUGGCCAUUAACAGCACUUACCAAACCAGCCGAAAUCUUUUGCUCACUUCGCUUUCUUCCCAUGUCAACCCUAACGGUUUCUACAACGACACCAAAGGUGACGGCAGUAACAAAAUUUACGGCCUCUAUCUUUGCCGUGGUGAUGUCAAUUCCAGUAUCUGCCAAGGCUGCGUCAGUUUCGCCACUUCGGAUGUAACAGAACGUUGCCCUCUUCAGAAACAAGCUGUGAUAUGCUACGACGAGUGCCUUCUACGUUUCUCUAAUGAGAAUUUUUUCUCUAUAGUGGCUGAUGACGAGGGGUUCAUGAUGGCUAAUGUCGACAGUCUUCCAGAUGCAGAACGGUUUAGCGAGUUUGUGAAUAGAACGUUGAACGAAACUGUAACUCAGGCUGCGAAUUCGCCGAAAAGGUUUAUGGCGCAAAGGAAAAAUUUCACAGCCUCCCAAUCAGUUUACUUUCUUGCACAGUGCACACAGGACCUUUCGAGUUUUGACUGUAACAGAUGUCUUCAACUAUCUAUUUCACAGUUGCAGAUGAAGCGAGAAGGAGGAAGACAGCUGUUUCCGAGUUGUUUCACCCGGUAUGAACUGUACCUAUUUUACGAUGAAAACGUGACGGCGGCUCACCCGCCUGUGACACCACCAAAAGCAGGAGGGACCAUUCUCCCUCCUUCGGUAAUCAUUGUUAUCGUUAUUGCUUCGACUGCUGUGGUGCUUUCCUUUGUUGGACUUUGUCUCGUUAGGAGAGGGAAAAAGAACGGCGAUAUACGGGCAUUUAUUUUUGGGAAUGAAAUUAUGAAGUCCUUGCAAUUCAAUUUUGACGCAAUUAAAGAAGCCACAGACAAUUUCUCAACUGAAAACAAAUUGGGUGAAGGUGGAUUCGGUGAGGUUUACAAGGGCAUGCUUCCUGAUGGACGAGGAAUAGCUGUAAAGAGGCUAUCGAAAAGAUCCUGCCAAGGUUAUGAAGAAUUUAUAAAUGAAAUCGUAUUGGUAGCCAAGCUUCAGCACAGAAAUUUGGUUAGGCUGCUCGGUUUUUGCUUGGAGGCAGAAGAGAAGAUUCUUAUAUAUGAAUUUGUGCCGAACAAAAGUCUUGAUUGUUUUUUGUUUGAUCCUGAAAAGCAAGGAGAAUUGGAUUGGUCAAAUCGCUUCAAGAUAAUUGGAGGCAUUGCUCGAGGAUUGUGUUAUCUGCAUGAGGAAUCUCAGCUUAAAAUUAUUCAUCGUGAUCUUAAAGCUAGCAAUAUCUUAUUAGAUGAGAAUAUGAAUCCUAAAAUUUCAGAUUUUGGCAUGGCAAGAAUAGUUGGAAUUGAUGAAUCGCAAGUAAACACAAACAAAAUAGUCGGGACUUACGGUUACAUUUCACCAGAAUAUGCUGUUCAUGGCCAAUGCUCAGUGAAAUCUGACAUAUAUAGUUUCGGAGUUUUAAUUAUAGAGAUUAUUACUAGCAAGAAGAACAGCAAUUUCUAUGUAACAGACGGUGUUGAGAAUCUCAUGAGCUAUGCUUGGAAACAUUGGAGAGAUGGAACGCCAAUGCGAUUGUUGGAUUCAAGUUUGGCAAAUUCUCGCUAUUCUAGAGAUGAAGUAAUCAGAUGCCUCCAUGUGGGUUUGUUAUGUGUACAGGAAGAUCCAGCUGACAGGCCAUCAAUGACGACGAUAGAUCUCAUGCUUAACAGUUACUCUGUCACUGUCCCAUCUCCUCAACAGCCGGCAUUUUACCUUAGCAGUACAAAGGAAGUGAUCAAUACAGAAGAUUUUUACUCCGAUCAAACCACAAGCAAGUCAGCGCUGUGCUCUGUGGAUGAAAAAUCCAUCACUCAAGUAUCUCCUCGAUAAAGAGGGAUGAUGGUUUAUGAACUUGUCCUUCGAAACAAGGUGAUAUAUUAGAGCUAAGAGGAAAGUGGGAAGUAAAAACUUUAUUUGAAUCAAAUAAUCUUUUUAAGAGUAAAUUAGAAGAAAUUCUUAAUUUAA